AUGAGUGAGACCUCUGCAAGGUUCUACCUGGCCUGUCUGCUUGAGGCGCUAAGGUUCCUGCAUGGCAAGGGCUUGCUGCAUAGAGACGUCAAACCGGCCAACCUGUUGUUGACGUCAGACGGGCGAGCAAAACUGGGUGACCUGGGCAUGGUGUGUCAUCUGGACAGGUCGGGGAUGGCGGUGGGCAGAGCAGGAACACCCAACUACAUGGCCCCGGAGGUGUGGGCAAACGGCACAGGCCCCAAGUACACGAGCUACGGCGCCAAUGCAGACAUCUGGAGCGUCGGAGUGGUGUUGUACGAAAUGCUUACGGGACACCUGCCCGCGAGCCACCCGGACGACUACCUUCGCAGCAAUUGGUGCUUCGCUCCGCGCCACACCGCCUUCAGUCCCGAGCUCCGAGACUUGCUGGGGCGCCUGCUGGUGCCGCGGCCCCGCCGCCGGCUGCAGAGCUGCGCCGAGGUGGCCGCACAUCCCUGGUUUGCGGGCUUUGACUGGCAGGCGCUGCGGGACGGCACCCUGCCGGCACCGUAC